AUGAAAGUGCGUCGUCCUCCUAAAAAUGUUCGCCAAGGCAAAGCGGGGCGCAAUGGGCGUAACAGCAAAGUGAUUCCCCAGAUUAAAACGCGCAAAGAUUUGCGCAAGGAAAAACGGCAGCAGAAAAAACUCAAUCGGUUCAACUAUCACAACCGAAGUCGCAAAGAACAAAAUGCUGCUGAUAAUCGUACCGAAACGGGCAAAAAGCGCGAUAAAUAUGGAGAGGGUAAUUCCGAAGACGAGUCGGAGGAUUUUGAGGAUGAAGAGAUUCCGUCCGACUUUAGCGAUGAGGAAAAGGAAACAAAACCUUCGGCACAAAAGCCACCAGCGAAAACGAAGAAUGCUUUCACCAGCCAGCUGGAUGUGGAACGGGAGAAAGAAAUGAAGGAGUUGCGCCGGUAUGAGGAUGGCCUGAAAUCGAACCGCAUCAAACAGCUCGAAGCGGCGAACGAGGAAGAUGAUCGGAUAAUACAGAAGUAUGAAAAGCUGUUAAAGAUAAACCGGCGCAAAAAUAAGGAAGGCGUACCGAAGAGCUUCAACGAUGGGCUGGAUUAUGCGCUGGAACUGUGCACCGACGAUAGCAUACGAAAAAUGUACGAUGCGGCUAAGGAAGCGGCCGAACUGGAAGAAAACUCUGAGGAUGAAUUCGUUGAGGAUCUCAAGCAAGCGGUUGGAGUCGAUAGGACUGAAGAACCGAAGAGUGACGAAAAGUCAUCCCGUACCACCAAGAAAAGGAAGAAAUUGUCCGCAAAGGAAAAGAACCGGGUUGUAAAGUUGAAGAAAAUUGAGGAGAAAUACUUUGGCUUGGACGAGAUGGAUGAUUUGGGUGAGUUCGAUUCGGAGAUAGAAGUAGAGCUGGACGAUAAUGCCGAUGACGAUUACUCGGAGAAUGAUGAACUGUAUGAAUCGGAUGAGGAAAACAUUGGCCAAGAAAAGAAUGCAAAGCGAGUACAGUUUGCUUCUGAUGAAAGGGUAGAAAAGAAUGGUAAAAAGAGAAGCAACUCCGAAAGUGAUUCUGAUGAUGAAUAUGAUGAUUUUGAUAAUGAAGAUGAUGAGUAUGAUGAUGAAGAAAGUGCAGAAGGAUCUUUUGAAGACGAGGAACCAAGUAGCAGCAGUAUGCCAGUUGGGAAAAAGGAAAAGAGCAAAAGCAGGAAACAGAGUAAAAACGAGGAAGAGAAUGACGAAAGUCCGGGACGAUUUGUUUUGUUGAAAGCCAACAAGGAUAAACAAUCAAAAAAUGGACAAGGAUCUAGGGAAAAAGUCAUCAAAAAAGCUUCGAAACACAACCCCACCUCUGACUCAGAAGAGGAACAAGAUUUCGAUGAAGACGAAGAUGAGUUUGAUGAAGACGAAGACGAGUUUGAUGAAGAACACGAUGGAUUGGAUGAUCUGUUCGAGGAUGGAUCAGAUUCAGAUGAGAUUCCCGAUGGCGAAAAGAAACCCCCAUCCAAUGAUGAUGGAACCUGGGAGGAUAUUUAUGGACGCAAACGAGAUAAAGCGGGCAACGUAAUCAAGGAGGAAAGCACCAGUGUAAGCGGUGGAAAAUACGUACCACCACACAUUCGAGCUAAACUGGAAGCGGAACAGAUAGCGAAAGGAAAGGCGGCUGAUCCGAAGCAGCAAGAAAGGCUGCAACGUCUCAAACGCCAGCUGAAAGGUCAAAUUAAUCGUUUGGCCGAAUCGAACGUACACCGCAUUUCGAUCACGCUCGAUAGUCUGUAUAUGCAAAACUCCCGCUACGACAUGAACAGUACGCUGACGACGCUCAUACUGGAAGCAACCGUCGUACCGACGCUAACACCCGAACGGAUGGUGCUCGAGCAUAUGCUGCUGGUGGCCAUACUGCACGCGAACGUGGGCAGCGAGGUGGGUUCACAUUUUCUCGAGACGAUCGUGGAGCGGUUCCUGGAGUUGCUAAAGCAGAUCGACACGAUCGCCAACGAAGCCAAGCAACUGGACAACUGUGUGCAGAUCAUGUGCCACCUGUACACGUUCGAUAUCGUGAAAUGUAAGAUGGUGCAUGAGAUGAUGCAGAAGCUGAUUGACUGUUUUAACGAAAAAGCGGUCGAAUGUAUUUUGCUGGUGCUGCGAUCGGUCGGCUUCAUGCUGCGCAAGGAUGAUCCGUUAGCGUUGAAGGAUCUUAUCAUUGCGAUACAGAAGAAGGCCGCUAAUGCACCGGAUGAACUAAAGAACGACACUCGAGUAAAGUUUAUGCUGGAAACUUUACUGGCCGUCAAAAAUAAUAACAUGAACAAAAUACCCCAGUAUGAUCCGACGCUAGUGGAACAUUUUCGCAAGCUGCUCAAAGGCAUGAUCACGAGCGGGAAGUACGUUUCGACGCUAAACAUCGGAAUAGAGGACAUCAUCAACAUACCCGAGCGUGGGAAAUGGUGGCUGGUAGGUUCUGCCUGGCUUGGCAAUAAGGAAAAUCCUUCCGCUGCUGGUACAGGCGGAAAUGCGCCUGGAGCGGAGGGACAGUACAGUGCACAGCUGCUGGAACUUGCACGUCAGCAACGAAUGAAUACGGACGAUCGGCGAAACGUGUUCUGCAUUGUGAUGAGCGCCGAAGAUUAUCUCGAUGCGUUCGAGAAGCUUAUCCGUCUGGCGAUCAAAGAUCUGCGCAUAGUCGUGUCCGUCAUCAUCCACUGCAGCCUAGCCGAGAAGGAGUACAACCCGUACUACGGUGUGCUGUCGCAAAAGUUUUGUGACUUCGACCGGCGCUAUCAGCUAGCCAUCCAGUACGCACUAUGGGAUCGGUUGAAGGAAAUUCAUGCAUUGCAGCAGCAGCAAGUUCGUAACCUGGCCCGAUUCAUAACGCACCUGAUUGCGGAGGGUGGCUUAGCACUAUCCUGCCUGAAGGUGAUAGAGUUUGCCGAGAUCGAUAAGGUCAAUUUGCGGCUUAUGCGUCAGAUCAUGCUUGGGCUGUUGCUGCAGGAGAACGAGAACAAGUGUUUGCAGGUGUUUAGUCGCAUUUCGGCAAGCAACAAGCUGAAAUCGUUUAAGGACGGUAUAAGGUUGUUUAUGCACCACUUUUUGGCGCGCGGCAGCAUGUCCUACCGUGAACUGGCAGAUGAGCAAGUACAGUUACUACAGCAACGCAUCAAGCAGGCCGAUGAGUUACUAUCGACGGAUACUAGGAUCGAGUACGACGUUUAG